UUCUGAACUUGAUCACCACGACCACGGUUCAAUGAGGCAUGAAGCUUUGAAGACGCUGCUGGCAACUACUGUUUUUGCAUCUUCCCUCGUAGCCGGUGCUGGUGCACGCUGGAACUCCCGACCGUACCAACUCACUCUUCGACGGCAACCAAACGCUAGUUCAUGUGACAUCGUGACUUUCGGCGAGACACAGUUGCACAAGAGUCUCCUGCCAGUGACUGUGACAUCGGGGCACGUCAUUAGGCAACAGAAUACUGUACCAUCUGUUGGAUCACUUGGCAACGAGGAGAUAAUACACUUUCUAUCAUACAGCACCAACGAAUUAGGGCUUCACGCGCAGCUUGAGUGUUCAAAUGACUUAUCGUUUAUUGGACAAAGUGUACGCAAUGGCUUCGAGACGCAAGUGACGUUUGGAGAUCAAGGCAUAUUGUAUGGUACAUUAGAUGCCCCCGUCCCACCGCUAGAAGUCGUCGGUCUUUUGCAAUCUGGGCCGUCAGACAAUCGUAUUGAUCUUGCUUUCUUCUCCGACGGGUACACAAUGCGUGAAAGAGACCAGUUUCUCGAGGACGCAAUGCGUCUGGUCACCGACUUGUCAGCAAAUCAGACGUUCGCUACUGUCAAGCCUCUGUUGAACUUUUGGGCCGUAUUCUCACCCAGUCAAGAGAGCGGCGUUGGUGUUGAUGGGAAAGCUAAGAGGACUCCCUUUGGGUUGUACCGUGAUGGCACGGAAUUGAGAGGCCUGUACGCUAAUAACUCCGAUGUUGCUCUAAUGGCCUGCGCGUCUCUCGGAAAUAAAUGCAACUACGCUAUUAUCCUCGGCAACGAUCCAUUGUAUGGCGGAAUUGGCGGGGAGUAUACGACAACAACCGCCUCUCUCGCGAACGGAGCAUUGGUCCUUAGACAUGAGAUUGGACACUCCAUCAUCGACGUAGGCGAAGAAUAUGACGGAGGAUUUGCUUAUUUCGGCGUCAACGCUGGCCACGAUCUCUCAGCCGUGACGUGGACCCACUGGCUUGAAGAUGACGCCAGCAUGUUCCGCGCAGAACGGUCCGUGAUGCCGAUGCAAGCGUAUCCAUGGACACUGCUGAAUACAACUCAACCAUGGUCGAUUUCUUUCCUGUCAUCAGGAAAUUAUGCGCGUCAUCUAAUAAAGUUCUCGCUAUCUGGCCUCCCAGAUCGAGAUGACUUGACUAUCUUAUUCGACGGGGUUGAUUUACGAUGGGCGCCAAGGAAAGAUAUCGGCGUCGAUAGAUGGCACUAUGAUGUUUACGAGAAUACGUCAUUGAGCGCUGGUUCACAUGAAAUCUCAUUUGUCCUGAAGAACGGCGCUCUUGAAGGAAAUGCGCAGCUAUGCAGCGUAGAAGUUCUGGAAUACGGGACAGAAGCUGAAUUUAACAUGACACCCGGUCACUAUAGCAUGUUCCCGACAUUCAGUAUCGAUAAUGAAACGUCUUAUCGGCCGACACACGACGAUUGCCUCAUGCGCAGCGUCACCAAGCCCAACUUCUGCAAAGUGUGCUUGGAGGGCCUUUGGCUAUCGUUGCUCAAACGCGUCGAUCUCAUCGAUGACUUCAGGCCAACGUGCGGACAUGAUCACAGAACCUUCGAAAUCGAUCUGGUUCCGCUUGCUGAAUUCAGAGAAACUCCUGUUUCUAGUGAGGAAAGCUACAGCAUCACAUGGUCGAAGGACGGGGAAGUCCUUCCACAGUUCGCGAACAUGACGCACAUAGACGUGAGGGAUGAGGUCGGGACGUACCGUGUGGAUGUUCACUUCUCAACGGAAGAAGUGCGCGUAGACAAGGAUGGACUGCUUGGAGCUAGCAGGUCGUUCACUGUUACCGAGUCGGACUUGCCCUUGAGUUGCGAUGCAUAAUGAUAAUAUCACUGGUAUGAUGUAUGGAAGGGAAAGAUGCUGCGAAAUUAAGAUGUCUAUCUAUCUUUACUUACACAGUCAUGUCGAUGUCAUUCGCCAACCGAUGUGAAGACAUUUCUAAGAUAUUUAUUCUGUCUUCCUUUCUCCUGCACCCCAUCUUCGAAGAAGGACUUCUUUACUGUGAGGGCACUUAACGCUGCUAGCGACGGCGGUCAUCUUUUAGGACCUUUAGGAUCGUAACCGCCGACUUGUUGAAUACAAGUUGAGAACCAGUUUACGAUUUUAU